AUGGACGUGAGCUCCAAAGGCAUCAAGGGCACGCUGCCGACCGUGCUGGGGAACCUCACCUCGCUGGAUGAGCUGCAAGAGUGCUGGCUUCCACAGCUCCCCUUUUCUCCCUGCCCUCCCCCUCCCCCUCUCUCUCUUCGUGAGCCCCACAUGGACGUGAGAGCUCCGAAAACCAAUCGUUGCCUCGCUUCCGACCGCACCGCGCACGGCAGUUUAGCAUCCACUCCACAUCCUAUGGGCAGGCGCCGCUCUGUCUCCCUUGGGAUUGCCAUGAUCGUUCUGUCCCCUCCGCUGUGUCCUGGCUGCUCCAUCCUCGUGAAGCAGCUGUUCAAGAACUACCUCAACGGCACCAUCCCGCCCUCCAUGGGCAACAUGAGGAGCCUGUACCAGCUCCACCUGAACCUCAACUACCUCGCGGGAGGCAUUCCAGAUUCAUUCUCCCAGCUCACUGGCAUGCGCAAAUUCUAUGUGUCAAGCAACCUGCUGUCAGGCCCCUUCCCUCCUGUCCUUUGCAACAUGACGACCCUCUGGGAGCUGCGCAUCAGCUACAAUCACUUCUCUGGCACCGUCCCUGAGUGCAUCAGCAAUCUCAAGAACGCAUACUACCUACUCGCCCCUAUUGUUCAUACAGUCCAGGGCUUAUGCUCCCGCGUGCCUUUCUCCUUGGCACUGGUUCCAUCCCCUUCAUCAAAUCUCCUCUCCCCUCCUGCGUGCUCCUCCCCCUGCGUGCUCCUCCCCCUGCGUGCUCCUCCCCCUGCGUGCUCCUCCCCCUGCGUGCUCCUCCCCCUGCGUGCUCCUCCCCCUGCGUGCUCCUCCCCCUGCGUGCGCCUUCCCUCUCUCCCCCUGUCCCCUCGUACCCCGGGCCUCUCCUCUCUUCCCCAUGCCCACCCACCUGCGUCCUCUCCCCUCCCGGCCCUCCGCAGCUACAUAGACACCAACUGGUUCACCGGCACUCUCCCCAGCACCAUAGGCAAUUUGCCCCUGCUGCAGAACCUGUUCAUCAAUCAGAACAGUCUGCAAGGCCCUCUGCCCGCCACCAUCACCUCCCUCACCAGCCUGCGCAUCCUCUUCAUGAGCAGCAACCCCUACCUGGAUGGCCCUCUGCCAUCAGACCUGGGCAACAUGGUCAGCCUCACGGACUUCGUGAUGGAGUUUGCAGCCUUCAACGGCACCAUGCCUGAUUCCAUCACCAAGCUCACUCGCCUCUCCCGCAUGUCAGUCACGCCCCCUUCCUGCCCUGCCAAGCCCCCUACCUGUCCUCUCUCACUCGCCUCUCCCGCAUGUCAUCUGAUGGACAACUGUCGCUUCACCGGCUCCAUCCCACAGGGCCUCAGCAACCUCAAGGCGCUCACCGUGCUAGAUCUUGAGGGAGGGGACUCACGCGGCUCGUGCUCUUCCACUGCUUCUCUUCUCCGUUGCCUGGUGCUCCCACUCUCCUAA